AUGCUGCACAGAACUUCUUCUUCUUCCCGGCGCCGCCGCGCGUCCCGGAGCGCUGCCACUUCUCCUCAAGCUAGAUCACCCAGGUCAUCAGCCCAGCCCUCAAGGAGAGCAUCUCUAGCAACCACAGAGACUGACGAUGAGUUAGACACCCCACCUCCACCCAGAAGCCCUCGAGCCAGCUUAGCUCCGGAAGCCGCCGAAUCCUAUCACAGAAGCCCCAGACAUUCUCUAGUCCCUGACGCUCCCAGAUCUCCUAGAGGCUCAAUAGUACCAGAAUCAGCCCUCCAACCGAGGAACAGUCUAGCACCUACAAGAAACAACCUCGGAGUUGACAUCCCUUAUGGUUCCAGACUAAGUUUAAACCCUCAAGACUUCAAUCGAAGUCCGCGGAACAGUUUGACUCCAGACAUGAGCGCAAGGAGUCCGCGACGGAGCCUUGUGCCAGAAGUAACUGGCUGGAAUCAGCCGAGAAAUUCACUAGUGCCUGAUGUUGGAAGAAGCCCGCGGCAUUCUGUCGCGAGCAUACAAGUGGACCCCGCGCGGAGUCAGAAGGAGCUGGGGCCGAGUCCGAGGACGAGUCCCAGAGGGAGCAUAGCUGAAGUUAAAGAGAAGGAAGAGAGGGUGAAUAGGACACAUAGGGGUUCUUUAGUGCCUGAUCCUCAGAGGAGUCCGCGCGGGAGUAUCGCGCCUUCGGAGCGGAGUGCGAGGGGGAGUCUGGUGGCGGGGGAGCUGGACGCGGCGCGGGUCAGCCCGCGCGGCAGCCUGACGCUCACCUUCCAGGAGCCGCUUGUAUCCAGAGAGAGGAGGGCGAGUGAGGACAGCCAAGCAGCUGGGUCCCGAGGCCGCAGCGUGUCACCCUACAGGGCCUCGCUGGCGCGGCAGGGCGACUCAGGCUCCAGGCGGGCCUCCAGCUCCGUCAGCCAGGUAGCCUUUGAGAUCAUCUUUGAAUCAUGCGGGUGCCCUCGUCUGGCCCCGUAG